UGACUUUAAUUUUAAAAUUUCUUUCAAAAUUGGAAUCAAACAUGCCCAAAAAUUCAUCUUUGCCAUAACUAAUAAAAAAAAUAAAAAUAAAUCCCAAUAUCAUUUCAAUCAUCUUCUUUUUGGGUAUAAUUGAUGACCAUUGUAAUGAUUAGCUACAUGGUCCACAACAUGUUUAACACUUUACUAAAAUCACAAUCCUUAAGCUAAAAGUCAUUCAUCAUUACACAUAAUAAUAGUAAUAACAUACUCCAACUCGGGAAUGACUUGAUAUAUAGCUUACUUUAUAUUGUGGUUGUGAAUGCUCCUAAAUCAUUAACAUAUUGUUUAUGCUUUUAAUAUUUCAUAUACACUACUUGUUAUAUAUAUAGCUAACUUUGAAGUUUGUUUGUUAAUGGUGUAGACAUGGCGAACUCGGAAUCAGGAUCUGAUUCGGGAGCAGAAAAUGAGUGUCCAACCACAAUACCUACACGAGGGCCGACGCAAAUGAAUGAAAUAUCCAAACUAAUGGAUCAGGGCAAAAGAGUGGCCCUCGAAGUUAAUGAUAAAGGUCAAUACUGUGGAAAAAGCUAUGCGAAGCUCGUAUCCACUCUAGGAGUCAGAUGUCGGCAGACAAUAGGGUUGGCUUAUAAAAACUGGAAAGAAGUCAACCCGACUCUGAAAAAUAAAGUUUGGAAAGACAUUCAGACGGGGUUCAUUGUGCCGGACACCUUCAAACAUGAUUGUCUCAUCCUAGCUGGGAAGUUAAUGAAAGACUUCAAGAAUAGGAUGACAAAAGACAUCAUAAUGCCCGCGUUGAAAGAGAAUGAUCUGGGACGACUGGCACAAGUCCCUGAAAAGCACCCCGAGAUCGACGCUGCUGAUUGGUGCAAAUUUGUUGAAAGUCGACUAACUCCUGAAUUUCUGGAAUUGAGUAAGGUGCAACGUGAACGUUCCUCAAAAAUUCAAUCCAGACAUCGAAGUGGUCGGAGUGGAAUGGUGAACGUACGGGAAGUUGUGAAAAAAGACCUCGAAGUUGCAGAUCCCCCCCGCCACCGUGUUUGGAUUAAAUCUCGCACCAAGAGUAGAAAACUUGUCACUGAUUACGACAAGGAAAUUGCAGAGAAGAUAGCUCAAUUAGAAGAGAAGCUUAGUCAGGGACAAAUUCAGGUCCAGGGCCAAAACGAUAUCCUGACGCAGGCGCUCGGGACGACGAGCAUCUGGACGUGUCAGGGCUGCUGGGUAUGCUAUUACUUCAAAUGUUAUUUAUUUAGUUACACAAAUAAAAUCGUUGCUAAUUUGCUUUUUAUGAUUUGUAGGUUCCUGACCAGGGCAUCUCAACUGUUCGGUAGGAAGAAAAGGGAAGUGUCUGAUGUUGUGGCUCGGCAAGCGAAGGAGAUUGAAAAAUUAAAAGCCGAAGUCCAAUCCCUUAAGCAGCAGAGGAACGCUGCCGAACAAGAGGAAGAAGGAGAGGUGGCUGGUGAGGCGUAUGUUCCACAACCAUACGCUCCUCAGGAUGAGGUACAACCACAAAUUUAUGCUGAGGAGUUUAUUUCCCUCAACGACCAAGGUAUCCUAUACAAUUUUGAUGACCAUGCGGCCCUUAAUCAGCAAGUACAUCUCUGCUCUGACAACAUCGACAAUAUUGUGGCCCGAGGGUAUUUGUACGAGCAUGUGGGUACGAUCAAAGUUCACUGCCAGGAUUACGAUGAUUCACAUGCCCGGAUCAUGGUUUCGGAAAUCCUGCAAGAGGACGCUGAAAUCCCAGUCCCAAUUGAAGAGUGCAGAUAUGUUAGGGACGUAUGCCAGAUGUUCCUUCCUUGGCCUAAACACUUAAUUUUAACAACCGAGGGUCCACUCGCUCAACCGCCCUCAAGACGUGAUGCGUCAAAGGGGAAAGCUCCGAUGCUUUCUCCACAAGGCCGUGGUGCACGGGAAGAUGACUUGUUCACGGAAGAGAAGAUGGCGUUGAUCCCUAAUUCGCUAAAAUGGAUGAUUCAUGAAUUCCUAAGGCUCAAAGAUAAACGUGAUAUAAUCACAAUUCCCGUCCCAGAGGAUUCAUUGCACCGCGUACCCGGAUCACGUUAUGCGGAGAGGAUUUGCGGCGAGAUAUUCAUGGCUAAGACUAAGAACCUGGGGCAUCCAAGGAAAAUGGUGGAAACCGAACAAGCCCCCUCAAAUGCUCCUCUUGUUGCUCCAAUCUUGCUGCCUGCUUCUGCAACUGCUUCAAACCCAGGAGAUUCAUCGCUUCCUCAGCGUGAAUCUCAGCCCGUGAAGCCCAAGCCAAAACGAAUUCCUAAACAAGUGGUUAGAAAAUUUGUGCGACCCUACAAAUGUUGGACUUCAUCGUCUUCAUCUUCGAAGGGAUCUCCUCCACCUGCUACUACAUCGCCUCUUGUUGCAUCAGGGAAGGGAGUUGCUGCAUCAAACUCCAACAGAUUUUACUUUUGUGAUAAUGAGCGUGAUUGGAAUAUUUAUGCUACCCGAAAGUUUGAAAGUGAAAGGAAUUAUAAUUUGCAUGCUCAUAGGGUAUAUGGUAUUGUUAAGUUUAUUCAAUACCAUCAAUGGGAAAAUACUCUCACUUGUUUUGAAGGGUAUAUUGAAAAUAUUUUCAAAGAAUUUUAUGCUAAUUUGACUAAUGACAUGCUUGAUGACAAUUCUGAUAUUUUUGGUAAAGUUUAUGUCUGGGGGCAUUGGUUUUCUUUUACUGUCAAGGAAAUUGCAGUGGCUUUGCAAUUACCCAAAGGUGUGCCUAAUGCGAUCAUGUCUAUGGAUCGCCAUUUGAUGCUUAUUGAACUUACUGGUGCACGGGUUGAAUGGAAAUCUGGGGAGAGUCUUCGAAUUACACAUCUCACCUAUGCUCAUGCAUCACUCAUGAGGUUUGCUCUUAGCAAUUGGCUCCCGAAUUCCAACAAAACCGUGGUGUCUCAAGAUUUGGCAUCCUUUCUUUUUCGAAUCACCUCGGAGGCAUCCAUUGAUCUGGCUUCUUCAAUCUUUUAUCAGAUUCGUAUUAUGAUGGAGCUUUUUCCCAAGGGUCCUAAAGCUGGUGUUACUGCUGCUGCUGGUGGAAGUUCGAGUUCUGCUCCUCCAGAUGUCCAGGUUGUCAAGAAUGAGGUGGUGAACAAUCGACUUGCUUCCAUGGAGGAGGUUUAG